CAAGGCGAACAAUGGAUCCAUUUCAUUAAAACUUGCCCACCGCCGAAUGCUACUCUUCAAAUUCACAUUACGCUACGAACCAUUCAAUUUUGUCAGAUUGCUGGAGCAGAAAAGUCUGUGCUGAUGGGGAGUUGGUUCUCCUCAACAAUAUAGGCGUAACGUAAACAUACAGCAAUUACGACACCGUAUCCUACUCCACGAGCAACCGUAUUGUAAGUACCUGCCUAAGGUAUCUUAAUUACCGCUUAUUUCAUCAAUCAAAUCUGCGAUCUUCCCACGAUGUUAGCUGCUCGAGAUCAAGAGAACUUGGCCUUCAGCCACCAGAAUGGUGCUGCCCUUAAGCAACAACAAGGUCAAGUAAAGCGUCAGCUCCAGCCAAAGACUCCCGGUGGAAGAUAUGCGAACACACCUAUCAAAGUACCUUUGAACGACGAAAAUGGGGCGGGCGGUGCCAAGAGCAUCCUCGGCGGCAAGUCGAGAGGCAAUGAGAACGCGCUCACAUCCAAAGGGGGAAAAAGUGUGAAUAAGUCUAACCUUGCUACUCCGGCAGGACCGCGCAGCAGAGCGGUUUUGGGUGACAAGACUACCAACGCAAAGGCGAAGGGCUCGCAGACAAUUAAUGCGAAGGGUGCUACUCGCGAACUAGAAAAGUCCCAGGGCAAGGCGCCUGGAACUAGUCGGCCAAAGCAGAAGCAACCACAAGCCGAACUACAGAAGCUGGUAGUUCACGCUGAAGAGACGGAUCCGCUAAGUGAGGAGGAAAUUGAAUAUUGUCCUCCUAAACCAAAGGAUCUCCCUUACGAAUCUGACGUGUUUCCCGAUGGUGCCCUUAAGUUCGAUGCCUUGAAGCCAGAGAACUUGUUUAAGGGUUUUUAUGAUUAUUACUACAACCCUGUCGAUGAGAAUGGCGUCUCGCUUGCCGACAAGGAGUUGGAGGAGAGAAACCGAAAGGCUAUGGAGGAAUGCGACAGACGUAUCCAGGAAGAUAUCGACAGCAUUGAGUGGGGCAUUCAAGAAGAACCGGAGACCACUAAGAAGGCCACCUCCAUUCCGACUCGGGCACCCCUGGGCGUUAAGAGAACGGCGAUGAACAGGGUGGCAUCUACUAUUCGAGCAAAGAAGGCCGCUGAAGCUCUAUCGAUGGACGAUACGACCAAGUCGAUGCAGCGAAAGGCAGCAAGGUCCGCGGAAGUUAGCAGAAUCCCGGCUAAGAAGACUACAUCCCUUCCCAUACCGACCUUCAAGCGACAACCCGGCACUCAGCCGCAGGGACUCACCAAAAAAUCAUCUACGGAGAUGGAGGCAAAUUCACGGACGACAAUUGGCUAUAACAAGGGGCGAUCUACCGCGUCGAUACUUGCUCAGGGGACUACGAAGCUAGAGAGACCUCCGUCCAAGACCGGAUUUACACGUUCUAACACCACGCUGUCAACCGAGUCUGAUCGAACUAUCACCCCGGCUCUAUACACUCAUACGCAAGCCGCAGUCGCCACCGAAGAUCUGGAAUGGAAGGAAAGAGUUCCGUUUCUCUCCAUCUUCAACCCCGAGGAUGAUGACGACGACGACGAUGACUGCGACCUCCUUGGGGGAAACACGCUCAAGGGCCCAGGCAUGGACGAGGAUGAAGACUUCGAGUUCAAACUUGCCGAUUAGAUGUUUUUUGUAUCAUCAUUCACGUGGUAAUCGGCGUUACAGUGGUUGCUGCUUCGAAAAGGAGUUUUUUUGUGUCUAUUUGCGUGUUGUUCACGAUUGACUUUAACGCAUGCAGAUGAAAGGACAUUUAUCUGCCAGUAACAACGAGGGCUUCUUGUAUUGAUAGAUUAUAAAAGCGGUUUGGUUAUGGUAUUCUUACCAAAGAUAACCUGCACACUGUGUAAUGAGGCCCCCUUUUAAAAAGUGAGAAAGAGAAAAAAAAACGACGGUCCUGGAUUAAUUCGCAUUCAAUGAGGGUUAUAGGCUAGCUGAAGUUAAACGAAUAUAGUUAUGAUCUGCAUUACCUUGCCGAACAAAUAUUGAGCUG